AUGGAUCCAGCCCAGAUCGAAUUUAUAUCAGAGAAGGAAAGCAUCUCGAUAUUACCAAACUUUACCGAGGACAAACUCUAUCUAAUCAGCGGAGAAGUCGGCCCGUUUCAGCCCCAAGUACCGGUGGAAGUGCCACUGUGGUUAGCUGCUAAUCUGAAGCAGAGACAGAAAUGCAGGAUUAUAACUCCUGAGUGGAUGGAUGUAGAGCUACUGAAAGAAAAGAAAGCGGAGGAACUUGAAGGACACUUAUUUUCAAUACCAUUACACCCUCACUUUCUGGAACUCAGCACUAUUAUUCUCGGAAUAUCGGAUGAGGUGAAAGAUGCUGACGAAGUACGGACUCUAAUAAAAGAUAUCUGGGAUGUUAGGGCAGCCAAGUUAAGGAAGAGUGUAAACAAGAUGAUAAACCACGACGGAGGAGGCGGGAAACCGCUCACACAUGUGGAGAUAAACAACAUAACAGUGCUGGAACUGAACACGAUACGGGGUUUCUUCACCGCCUCCCUAGACCACCUCCACAACCUUAGAAACCACGCAGAGUUGUGUCUCAACGAUCCUAGAUACAAUUAGUCGAUUAACUAAUUGGUUGAAUAACAACUUCAGAUUUAUAAAGCGCUCGAUUAGGAAUCGCUCAAUAAUGCCACAAUUUAGCUCGUAACACAAUUAAUGACCACGCAAUGCAAACUAUCUAGAGUAUAGAGAACUCAUUAACUAUUGUUUCUCACCCUCACCCUCACUAGAACAUACUGCUCCUCAUGUGAACAAUCUGAAGUGCUAGAUGUACAUAUAAUACUCAUUAUAAUAGCUAACAGCUGCUUUUAAUAAGUAUAGAUGUAUAAUACCCAUAAUAGCUAACAGCUUUUAAUAAGUAUGUAACCGUCAUUCGUUAACCAUGCCAAGUAAGGAACAAUAGACAUUCUUCCAUAUUCCAAUACACGGUGUAUAUUUGUGAGACUUGGGGUGCCUUGAUUUUAGAUUGGCCAUGGCCCUUGAUAUGAUAAGGCAUCAUGUAGCCGGUGGGCCCGACAUGAUACGACAUAUCUUGACACGUCGGGGUUUGUCGGGAUUUGUCAGGGUUUGUCGGGGUUUGUCGGGGUUUGUCAGGCUUUGACGGGGUUUGACGGGGUUUCCGGUUUGUUGAGCCUGGAGGCUUUUUUUUUUUUUCUUUUUUUUUUUUGAGUCUCCCAACAAAAAGCCGAGACGGAGUCAUCAAGCUUUACGUGGAAAAACACUAUACAAGAAGGCCUCAUGUAGCCAGUGGACACGAGGCAAAACCCCUCGACAAACCCCGUUUGUCGGGAUAUGUCGGGGUUUGUCGGGGUUUGUCGAGCCUGGAGGCUACAUGAUGCCUAUGAUAAUAUUACUAUUACUAUUACUGUGAUAAUUGAUAUGAACUUGGUGUUUUAGAAGAAUAAAUAAAGCGGGGAGAGGGUGUUAUACUUAUUUUAAGUGAUCUCAGAGGCUUAUUUAAAUUGGAAACACUCUACAAUGGCAGAGAUUCUUUUAACUUUUUAAUUGAACGCUUUUCAGUUCUAACUUAUUUAUCAAUACCUUGGUCCCUGAAAGUAUUUUUUGCCAUUUCAAGAUAACAUGUCCAGAGUGGUUUGGUGUGGAUUUUACUGCCUCACUAUAAAAAUAGAAGCAGUGAACAUUUUUAAAGUUUUAAGGCCGUGAUUAUGUCGAGCUCGAUUAUCCACUGCGGGAAAGAUUAUGCUGUUUAAGGUUAAUUUUUAUGAACAGAUAAAUGAUUCACGACGCGGUGGAAGCUCACGCUUUAAAUUGUGCAUGGUUAAAUCGGGGUAAUUUUA